AUGGCUAUCACACAGUUUCGGUUAUUUAAAGUUUGUACCUGCUUAGCAACAUUAUUCUCAUUCCUGAAGAGAUUAAUAUGCAGAGCUGGCAGAGGACGGAAAUUAAGUGGAGACCAAAUAACUUUGCCAACUACAGUUGAUUAUUCAUCAGUUCCAAAACAGACAGACAUUGAAGAGUGGACUUCCUGGGAUGAUGAUGCUCCCACAAGUAUAAAGAUUGAAGGAGGGAAUGGGAAUGUGGCAACACAACAAGAUGCUUUGGAACAACUGGAACCUGACUAUUUUAAGGACAUGACACCAACUAUACGGAAAACUCAGAAAAUCAUUAUUAAGAAGAGAGAACCAUUAAAUUUUGGCAUCCCGGAUGGUAGCACAGGCUUCUCUAGUAGAUUGGCAGCUACGCAAGAUAUGCCAUUUAUUCACCAAUCACCUGAAUUAGGUGACUUGGAUACCUGGCAGGAAAAUACCAGUGCAUGGGAAGAAGGGGAAGAUGCAGCCUGGCAAGCAGAAGAAGUUCUGAGGCAGCAGAAGAUGGCAGAGAGAGAAAAGAGGGCAGCAGAACAACAAAGAAAGAAAAUGGAAAAGGAGGCACAGCGGCUAAUGAAAAAGGAGCAAAACAAAAUUGGUGUGAAACUUUCAUAA